AUGGAGAGCAGUAGGCAGGAGAAGAGGGAGAUCAAGUGUCCCACCCCAGGGUGUGAUGGGACGGGUCAUGUGACCGGUCUGUACCCCCACCACCGCAGCCUGUCAGGCUGUCCGCACAAGGACAGGAUCCCCCCCGAGAUUCUGGCCAUGCAUGAGAACGUGCUGAAGUGUCCGACACCUGGCUGCACCGGGCAGGGCCACGUUAACAGCAACAGAAACACACACCGCAGUCUCUCCGGAUGCCCCAUCGCCGCUGCAGAGAAGCUGUCCAAGGGCCUCGACAAGCAGCAUCUCUCCCCCCCCGGCAGCGAGCUGCUCAAAGGAAGUCCCAACGACAGGGUGCUAAGCCCCACCCUGACAUCCUCUCGCUCUCCCUUCCCUCCCCUCAGGCCUAUGUGCUUUGUGAAGCAGCUGGAGGUGCCUCAGUACGGUAGCUACCGGCCCGACAUGGCGCCCAGCACCCCCCGCGCCAACCUGGCCCGGGAGCUGGAGAAGUACUCCAAGGUGUCCUUCGAUUACGCCAGCUUCGACGCGCAGGUGUUCGGGAGGCGCAUGCUGGCUCCAAAGAUACACAGCAGCGAUAUGACACCCAAAGCCUUCAAAACUAAGCCCUCAUUCCCCAAGUCGCCGUCACCCAGCCUCAGUUUCCACGGUUACGGGAAGAGCUCCUCGUUGGCCUAUGACUACUCCCAUGAUGCCGAGGCGGCUCACAUGGCUGCCACCGCCAUCCUCAACCUGUCCACCCGCUGCUGGGAGAAACCAGAGAACCUGAGCACCAAGCCGCAGAGCACCGAGCCGCAGAGCACCGAGCCGCAGAGCACCGAGCCGCAGAGCAAGGUACUGCAGCCGCACAGUAACUACAGGGUGAUCACAGACAGCAG